AAUGUGGGGCCUGAACUCUCUGAAACUUUUUCUCUCUAAAGAAUUAGGGUUAGUGAUGGGUCUCACAGGAGUUGAGAAAGAGCAAGGAACUUUACAAAGGACGCGGUUUGAGCCAGCUUCUUACGUGUGGCUUAGCCGCAUAAAACCUCACAAAUGACGACACUCAUGUCGUCACCACACAACGACUUGCACUGCUUCCAUCACUCGCAGUAAGAGGGGAGCAGGUAAGAAAUAUGAGGAAAUACUGUGCCCUAAUUUACAGUAUUCCCUAUCCAUUUUGCGAUCUCUUCUUCAGCAAUCAGUGCUUCUCUGCUUCUCUAUCAUUUUUGUUUGGACUCGAGCACCUCUGAUGGGGAUCUAUAUGGGUAUCAGGCCAAUCUAUAAGGGAUUUGUCAUAAUAUUAACUUGUCAGUGAAGUUUGGAUUGAUUUCACGGCAAUCUUCUGGAUCCGGUUUUUUUUCUGGUGGAUUUUCGCUCAGUAUUGAAGAUUACUGCUCUUUAAUGGUUAUCUUGUGAAAUUGAGGUUUUAUUUUAGUGUUUUGAGCUGUAUUUGAUUAGUUAAUGGAAGUGGUUUUAGUUCAGUGAGAGGAUCAACUGUGUAAUUCUUGGUGUUGGUUUUCUGAGUGAAUUUCUCAAGACUUUUAAUGUUGAUGAAGUUUGUAUGAGUUCCUUAGCAUUUCCUCUUAAAUUUUUCUUGACAAGAUUUCCUCUUAAAUUUUUCGUAUGAUUGAUUUUAGAUGGGUUUUUGGUAGAAUCAUCAAGGAUCCAGAGUUUUCCUUGUCUCUGCACAAGCCUUUCCUGAACUUUCCAGUUCUUAAUUGAUGUUUUGGAAAUUGAAUCAAUGGAUAAAGGCAAUUCAGUGAUAUUGCUGUUCAGUACAUGCUCAGUGUUGGAGUUCUCUUUACUGGUUUUUAAUCCAAUCUUCCUGAAAGUAAUCCCAGUUCCUGGAGGCUUUCUCUCAUGAUUUUGUGUCAGUUUUAUGGUGGAUUUUGGCAUCUGUGCAAUUACAGCAGAGUUCUUCCCUGCUUAUGAUCUUCAGAAAAAUAAGUGAGCAAAGGUUUUGCUGCUAAAUCCGAUAUCAUAAUGUUCUAUGUGCCCAUUGACCAAGCAGCAAUCUCAAUGCCACAUCUUCUUGUUCCAAUUUUUCUUUUUAGGUUGUAUUAAUAUGUUCCAUGUAAAUUUUGUUGUGUUUCUUCCGAUCUUUUCAACUCUGAUCAUUUUCUAUAGAUUCUCUUUCCUUUGAAUGUCCACAUCCGUUUCUACCGUAUCCCUCCCGUUACUCACCAGGCAAAAUAUAUACGUUCCCUUUCAUUUGGGUCUAGCCGAAACAAAACUCAAUUGAGCAAAGGUAAUAGGUAGAUGCCAAGCUAUGGAAAACCCAACAGAGUCAUCAUGUUCUCGUAGUUUUGCUUCCUCUUCUUAUGUGUCAAAUGGAAGCAGCUGCGCCAACCACUCAGUUUGCAAUGGCUCUGAACCUGGGUCUUGUAUGACUGGCUCCCAACGUAAUACAACACCAGGCCCCGAAAUCAAUGGCUUAAUGAGGCUCAGCACUAACCUUGAAAACCUCUUGCAUGAACCAUACAACGGCUUUAGUGAUGCUGAGAUUGAAGUAGAGGGAGUGCCCAUCGGGGUUCACAGGUGUAUAUUGGCAGCAAGAAGCUCUGUCUUCAGAGAGGUGUUUUCUAGAGAGAAGAAGCAUGAAGGAAAACCCAAGUACUCCAUUGAGGAAUUGGUGCCAUCUGGUAAAGUUGGGUAUGAAGCUUUCAGGAUUGUUUUGAACUAUUUGUACACAGGGAGAUUGAAGUCUGCUCCUCCCGAGGUUUCUACCUGUGUUGAAAAAGUUUGUGCCCAUGAUGACUGCCGCCCUGCUGUUGAUUUUGCAGUUGAGGUGGUUCGGGCAUCAGCUGUUUUUCAGAUUCAAGAGCUCGGCUCAGUCUGGCAGCGUAGGCUUCUCUCUUAUGUGGAAAAGGCCCAAGUUGAGGAUGUCAUACCCAUCCUCCUCGUUGCCUCAUCUUGCCAUCUCUCCCCUCUGGACACCCAUUGCAUACAACGAAUGGCACGCUCUGAUCUUGAUGACAUCUCUCUUGAAAAGUCAUUUUCUCGAGAAAUAGUUGAAGAGAUUCUCUCUCUUCGCCUCAAAAGCCGAAUAGAUGAUGAGCCUCUCUCUCCUAAAAAAGACCCACUCCAACUUAAGAACUUCAAAAGGAUUCAUAAGGCCUUAGACUCUGACGAUCUUGAGCUAGUGAAGAUGUUAUUGAUGGAGGGGAAUACAACCCUAGAUGAUGCUGAAGCCCUUCACUAUGCAGCAGCCUAUUGUGACUCAAAGGUGGUGGCUGAGCUCCUCGAGCUUGGGGGUGCUGAUGUAAAUAAGAGAAACUCGAGGGGCUAUACGGUUUUACAUGUGGCGGCCAUGAGGCAGGAGCCGGCGGUGCUUGUGGCCUUGUUAUCCAAGGAGGCGAGGGCUUGUGAGUUGACAAGUGAUGGGAGGAGUGGGGCUCGCAUUUGUCGGAGGCUUACAACGCCUAAGGACUAUAAUACGCACACUGAGCAAGGGCAGGAGUCGAGGAAGGAGAAGAUGUGUAUAGAUAUACUGGAGCGUGAGGAGAGGAGGAACCCGCUUGUUGAGAAUGUCUCAGCCUCUGCGAUGGUCUCGCCUGAGGAGCUGCACAUGAAGCUUCUCUACCUUGAGAACAGAGUGGCCUUUGCUAGAGUGUUAUUCCCUACUGAGGCGAAGCUGGCAAUGGAUAAUGCACAGGCAGGAGCAACAACGGAAUUUGCUGGCCACUCUCCUUCAACCAGUUCCCGUGGAACAUUGGGGCCGGUUGAUCUCAAUGAGACUCCAACCUCAGUGAUCAAGAAGAUGUAUUCUAGGAUGGCUGCCCUUCAGAGAACAGUGGAUAUGGGUAGGCGAUAUUUCCCGCAUUGUUCAGAGGUGUUAGACAAGCUCAUGGAGGAUGACAUGUCUGACCUCCUCUUUCUUGAGAAUGGCACCCUAGAGGAGCAACGCGUAAAACGUCAGCGCUUCAAUGAGGUCAAGGAUGAUGUACAAAAGGCCUUCACCAAGGACCAGGUCUUAGCAAAGUCCGGCACCUCCUCCUCUUCCUCUACGUCUUCUCUCAAGGACAGGCUUAGACAUAGGCCAGGUGUUAAGAAGUAGGGGAAUUCUGGUCUUUUUACCCUAGCAUGGACCUAAGAGAGGGGAUUUUGUCAUUACAUACCCGGUUUGAGGGCCUUAUAGUAAUUAGCCACCAUGUACAAUUAACCAGACAUCCUCUCUCAUGGGAAAUGGGGCAAUUUUGGCCAUAAAAUGGCCAAAAAUAUCAGGGCCGGUGGCGGUUUGGGCAAUCAAGAUUUAAUAUUCUACCACAUCAGAUGGUCUGGAGAUAUUAUCUAAUUUGACGAAAUCGGAUCUGUACUUGUAAAAAUAAGAACCCUUUCUCUUUUGUUCUUUUCUCAGAAUUAUGUAUGCCGAGGAAUGAUAAGUGUGACUUUGGAAGAGUAUAAGCUCAGCGAGUCAUGUAGUGGCAUGAUGUCAUAAAUAUUAAUCUUGUAGUUUAUGUAAAUGAAAUAAAUAUGGGAAUUGCUGUGUUCUGA